GUGUGGCCCUCCGUGCUUGCACAGUGACAUGGCGGUCUGACGUAAGGAAAGCGGAAAGCUCCCUGACUCAGUGUAAACAACUGUGAAAAUGUUUGUAGUUUGCCCUCCUUGAAAAAAUUAACGGCAUGAUUUUUAUGGCCGCUAUGUCCCGGUAAGCUCCGGUGACUUUACAUGUCGUGGUUUCUGGUGGUUGAGUUUGGGAUUCGAUCCCGGGUGGCUGGACUCUAGCUUCCCGUCUUCUGAACGAGGUGUUUCAGCCUCCGCCACCGUGGAGGAAACCGUAACGCUUCACAUGCUACAAAGCCACACUGAGAAGGAACUGGCUCUACACAUGAGGAGGCACCUAAAAGAAGAACCACAGAAUCAGAAACCCAGAGCAUAUGGAUCCCACUGAUCCUGGACAAGGUUUGUCAAACUUGGGAUGGGAUUUAAGAGGGCAAGAGAAGCCAUCGGAGGAGGGUGUAGAUUUAAUACUUAGCUCAAAAGGACGUCAACGGAAGAAAAAUCCCAAAUAUUUGGAUUAUGAAACUGAUGACAAAACGAAUGAACACCAUUCCCCCAAAACACCUAGAAAGAGCUCAGGAAGGAGAAGAGCAGCUUCUCAGAAGACUCCGGCAAAGAAUAGAAAAUCCAAGGCUGCGGCACCGGACACUCCAGAUGGAGAAAAUGAAAAAACCGAUAAAACACCUACAGAAUGUGAUGGACAAACUACAGCGGAAGUGGCUGAUGAACCACUGAGAGGCAAGAAAACUCUGUCAAAAAGGACUCCUGCUAAGAAAACCCCUGCAAAAAAAACUAGCAAUGCCAAUGUGGACCUUCCAGAUGGAGAGGGUGUAGUUAAAGAUACAGUGCAACAGGAGAAUGGGACGCCAAAGCCAAAGAGGAAGUAUGUAAAGAAGCAGUAUGUACAACAAGUGGAGCCAGUUAUUAAAGAAAAGGAUGCAGAGGAACCUGAGGAGGAGACCGGACAAGGUGGCCGCCGGCGGAGAGGAGCUGCCAAAGCGGCGUUGAAGUACCUCCAUAACUUGGCAAAAGACUUGUUUUGUCCAACUGAUGAGCCAGGAAGCGAAGACACUGGAUCAGAACAGAAAACUCCCAAAGUAAGCAAAGUGGGUAAAGGCAAAAAGAGGAAACAUUCUGAAAGUGAUGCAGCAGAAGAUGAAGACUUUGUACCAGAUAAUGAUGAAGAGGAGGAUGCAGAGGAGCUGGAAGAUGAUGACGAAGAAGCAGCUUAUGACUCAGACCUCGACUCCAACUGUGGCAAACGUGGAAAAAACCCACCAGUUUAUUACGUCAACAAUAACAACACAUGCUCGUUCGCCAAAGCCCAAAAUGGACUUAACGCCCCUACCAUGAAAACUGCUUUGGAGAGCGCAGAGACGACCAAGAAAUUUCGGGAAGAGCACUACAGCAGCUGGGUGUUUCCAGAGUGGGUGCCCUCCACCAAUGAUUGGGUUCCUGUGCCACACAGUGAUUUGGAGAAAUAUCUGCCUCAGACGCUUCGCUCAGCUGCCUUCAAAGUGUCCAGAGAAGGGCUCGACAAGGAGGAAGCACCUCUGCAAAGACUCAAAAGGUUCGACUCUAUUCCCCCUCACCCAGAACGCUGGGACAUGAUGCUGUAUGCAGGUGGACCAGUGUGGGCUCUGGAGUGGUGUCCAACACCCGAUGGUGCCCCUGCCACCCAGUACAUCGCUCUGUCCUGUCAUCAACGCAUGGAUGAUUUCCACUACGUCAACAAAACUUCCGCAGGAACUGGACUCAUUCAGCUGUGGGAUGUGGGCAAACUGAAGUAUGGCAACAGACCAGACUCCAAGCCAGUUGUGGUCUAUAGUUUGGCCCAGGAUAAGGGCUUCAUCUGGCAUCUGAAGUGGUGUCCUGCUGGAGGCUGGGAGCUUCCCACUUGUGCCAGAAAGGCUCCAUUCUUACCCAGACUGGGUCUUCUGGCAGUGGCCACCUCCACCGGGGUGGUCACCAUUUACAGCAUACCCCACCCUGAUGCUCUGCACUCCAACAUCACUCAGCCAAACUCUGGUAAAGGCAUUGAAACGCCUCAAGUAUACAAGGCUAAAGGAGUGGCGACAUUGAAGCUGGGCGCCUUCAAAGCCCCUCACCAUGAAAUGAGCGGGCCCGUCCUGUCUAUGGAUUGGCUUCCUGAAAAACCACACAAUAUAAUGGCUAUUGGAUUCUAUGAUGGUGUAGUAGGUCUUUGGGAUCUGACAGCAAAGUCUGCGCUGUUGCGUGUGCGAGAGUCAGACAGGUCGCUGAGUCUGCUGCCCUACAGAUGCAUCCUUGCUCACAACAAUGGAGUCCGGUCCCUGGCCUUCUGUCCUGCCUCCAGAUACCUGUUGGCGACGGCAGGCGACGACCGCUUCGUGAAGACAUGGGAUCUGAGGAGGCUCUACGAUCCCAUCACAGUUCAGAAACGCUGUCUGGGCAAUGAAAUCAACUGGCCACUGAAUGCACCGGGGGUUUUGAUCGCCCAGGACAACGGCAUCGUGGUGAAAGGUUCACAAGGAGUCCAUUACAUCGACCAUCACAUGCGCUCGCUCUUUGCAAUUCCCCGGUCCGGCACAGUGUGGUCUCUGUCAUACACCGAGUGGAUUAACAGUCUGGUGACCGCAGACAGCUUCGGAGAGGUGAUUUUGUCUCUGUUACCUCAGAUCAGCUACGUUGCUCCUUACGUCAAACGCACAAUAGAGAGACGAUUUCCCAUCUACUUCACAUCUAUGGUGCCUUAUGAUGCAACUGAAGAAGAAAAGCAAGAGAUGGGAGGAGAGGAAGAGGAAGGAAAUGCUGUUGAAGAGCAGCAGGGAGGAGAGACAGAAGAACCAGAUGCUACACAGGAAGCAGGAAAUGAGAACGACAGUGAAGGAGGAAGAGUUGGACGAAAAUGUCCUCCGCUGAAAUUCCAGACCUACAAAGAGGCUACAAAGAAAUACUGCCUCCACUAUACAGAUUUCGAUUUUCGGCGCACUGCAGGAAGCGAGAGGCGAGCUGUGUGGAAACGCAUGAAAGACACAGAAGUGAAGGCAAAGAUCAUCCUGGAUGACAUGCCUUUGUCUGCUCUAUAUAAGAUUCGUUUCAACCCAAACAUGAGCUGCCAUGACUGGGUUGCAUCUGGGGGUCAGACUGGACUGGUUAGAUUGAACUGUGUAAGGGCUCUGAUGAACUCUCAUCUGAAGAAGAUGAUUGGUGAGAGUCAGGCCCAGUUCAACGCUCUGUACUCGCCGCAAGACCAAAGUGAGCCCGGCCAAGCGGUGACAGAGCAGCUAUAGCAGGAGUUUAACUUUGCUACGGUGGAUUGUACUCGCUCAAGAGACAGUCAAAAAAAGUGACCUCUAAAACACGCAGCUGUGAAUAAUGAAAAUAUGUAUGAAUAUUAUUUUAUUCUUAUACAUUUGUAUAUGUUGAAAAUCAGUCAACGAAAACUAAUGACAUCAAGCCAUGAAGGUACUACAGGUUUAAUUGGUCCAGGUUUUGUAGCAUCUAGACAUGGCUAGAUAUAUCCAGGCUGUCUGAAUGUCACUCUGUAUAUAACGAAGUUCAACUUUAAAUUGGCAUAAUUACAGUAUGCAAACUAACAAAAGUAAAACUCUCUCAUGACCACUUUAGGGGCUUUUCCUUUUUUCUCUGGUCAUCGUUCACCCUGAGAAACUGAAGCAAGACUUUCUCUCUGUAAACCAAACCCAACCAGAAUCUGUUGAAUUCAAAGCCAUUUGAUUUUUCCUGGCAAUUAAAUGUUUCCAUGUUUUUCAUUUUCUUCUUAUCAAAUUAUAAUACAAUUCCUAAAAGUGACAGUUCUGUUCUCUAGAUCAAAAAAACUGUAGCAGUUGACAGUCAAGUGCCUUUCGUAGCCCUUACUCACACAGUCCUAGAGACCAUUUCAGUGACUCCCUGGCAACCACGGGUUGCUAGGGAAAUGUGUAUCCCCACCUGGUUGGAGAGUGGUUGUUUGCACAUGAAUUUGGUUGCAAAGAGGAAUACAGUGCUGCAACAAAAGCCUUCUGGUGAUUGAUUUGGUCGCUUUGAUCACAUUACAACAGUUGCCCAUAGUUUACAUGGAAGACGCCAAAUUGUCUGCAAACACUUGUAAAAUGCGACAUUGAAACUGAAAAGCGCGACAUGUGGAGAAUGCUCACCUUCAAAGUAAAAGUUUGAACUUUUGAAACCUGUUAGUUACAGGUUUCAAAAGCAAAGAAAGCACAACUUUUACUUUGAAGGCAGAUGUUCUCCGUGCGAUGGCGAGCUGAAAGAUGUUUAAAACGUUAUUUUUUUAAAAGUGAGGAUGGCGUUGUUUUCCAAAGAAUUAGUGCAUUAUGCCAAGGAAGACAAUUUCUUAGGCUUACUAGCAAGAGUGUUCUGAAACUUCAUAAGUAAUUUCAUUAAUUAAAUCCACUGGUGUUUGCUAUGUUUCCAGACUUUCUCACACGUUGUUUAAUUUGUGAAUUUGUUUUUAGAGAGGGGUUUUUUUUUUGUGCAUUCCCUCAUUUUCUUAUCUCCCUCUCACGUUAUCGAUAGCAAGCUGGGAGCUAAUUUUGGCUGCGUUUUGUUUGUUCGAACAACUCAGGCUCUAAUUAGGGAAAAUACUUGAAUUUUUUGUAUCUACAAGAUGUAACACUUAGAAAUGUUAAAUCUUUUUCUGUUUUUGAGCUUUUUGUUACCUGGUGUACAUUUUCCUCUUGUUGUUUUUGUCCAACUUAAUUUAUUUUUAACUGUCUACAAGAAAAUAAUAGUGAGGUGUAAUUAAUUACUGGCAUCAGUCUUUUUUUAAAGACACAUUUCCCUCUGAGUUAAAUUAGGGGUUUUAAAGUGUGCUUUAUUUUUUGAUUAAUUACAAAUUUUAGUGACAGUUUCACAAUAAUAUUUCAUUAUAGUGUUGUCAGGCGUGGCCAUAUUUCAUUAAUGACAACAUUAUCUUUAACUUAUUCAUAAAAGCAUCAAAUGUUCUUCUCCCUGCUCGCUUUUGCUAUUUUUGAAAUGUUACAUAAAAUAAAUUUUAUAAUAAA